AAGAGUGAACAGGAGCUGAAAGAUGAGGAAAUGGAAUUAUUUACAAAAUACUACAUGGAGUGGAAAGGCGGAAGAAAAAGUGGCAGUACAUCUUAUAUGAACAUACCACGGUUUUACUAUAGGCUGCCAGCUGAAGAUGAAGUCUUGCUUCAGAAAUUACGAGAAGAAUCUAGAGCAGUCUUUCUGCAAAGAAAAAGUAGAGAACUGCUGGAUAAUGAAGAGCUUCAGAAUCUCUGGUUUCUGCUGGACAAACAUCAGACUUCACCUAUGAUUGGAGAAGAAGCAAUGAUCAACUAUGAAAACUUCUUGAAAGUUGGUGAAAAAGCUGGGCCUAAAUGCAAACAGUUCUUCACAGCAAAGAUCUUUGCUAAAUUACUGCACAAUGAUCCUUAUGGGAGGAUAUCUAUCAUGCAGUUUUUCAAUUACGUCAUGCGAAAAGUGUGGCUUCAUCAGACGAGAAUAGGUCUCAGUUUAUAUGAUGUGGCAGGACAGGGCUACCUCAGAGAAUCAGAUUUGGAAAACUAUAUUUUGGAACUUAUACCUACUUUGCCACAGCUGGAUGGUUUAGAAAAGUCUUUUUACUCCUUCUAUGUCUGCACAGCAGUUAGAAAAUUCUUCUUCUUUCUAGAUCCUCUCAGAACAGGGAAGAUAAAGAUACAGGAUAUUCUAGCUUGCAGCUUCCUAGAUGAUUUGUUGGAGUUAAGGGAUGAAGAACUGUCUAAAGAAAGUCAAGAAACAAACUGGUUUUCUGCUCCUUCUGCAUUAAGAGUUUAUGGCCAGUACUUGAACCUUGAUAAGGAUCACAACGGCAUGCUCAGCAAAGAGGAACUGUCCCGCUAUGGAACAGGGACUCUCACCAACAUAUUCCUGGAUCGUGUCUUCCAAGAGUGCUUAACUUACGAUGGAGAAAUGGACUAUAAGACCUACCUGGACUUUGUGCUUGCAUUAGAAAACAGAAAGGAGCCUGCAGCUCUACAAUAUAUUUUCAAACUGCUUGAUAUAGAGAACAAAGGAUACCUGAAUGUUUUUUCCCUUAAUUACUUCUUUAGGGCUAUUCAGGAACAAAUGAAAAUCCAUGGACAAGAACCAGUUUCUUUUCAGGAUGUUAAGGAUGAGAUCUUUGACAUGGUAAAGCCUAAGGAUCCUUACAAGAUCUCCCUUCAAGACUUAAUCAAUAGCAGCCAGGGAGACACUGUUACCAGCAUUUUAAUCGACCUGAAUGGCUUCUGGACGUACGAGAACAGAGAGGUCCUUGUGGCGAGUGACACCGACAGCGCUGCCGACACGGAUGAUACGUGACUUUGAAC